GUUGAUUGUGGCCGCAUUCGUUUUUUUUUCUUUGCCUUUUCCCCCACACAAGACCGCUUCGUGCUUUACAUACACACACGCACAUACAUUGUCGAGAACAAAGCACUCACCUUUCUAAGGAAGAAACCUGCGGUGCUCUUUGUUUUUUUUUUCUCUUCUAACGGCGCACCUUCUGUUUGCGGUGUAUUUGGGGUUUAUUACAGCUCCCUUUCCUCCCUUUCUCGUUCUUCUUUAUCUCUCUCUCUCUCCGUUGUGCAUAUUCGCCAAAGCUCGUGCUUUAUCUACGUAUACACAUCUACCAGUUCGAGCAUUCGCCUUUUAUUUUUGUUUACCGUCUUUCCCUCUCGUUUCUUUUCUCUUCUCGAUGCAGUCGAACGGUGCCCCUCAGGGCGGCUCGCUGUUUCAGCAGAUGUACAGCGCGCAGCAGCAGCAGCAGCCGCAGGGCUACGCGCACCAGCCGCCUCAACAAGGACAGCCACAAGACGGCUACCAACAGCCAAAUCCGUACAAUACCCUGCCUCCCUCGCAGCAGCAGCAGCAGCAGCAACAGCAGCCCAUGCCGCAGUACGGUGCACCAAAUCCCGGGGCCUACAAUUAUCAACAGCAGCCCCAACAGUACAACACCUACACUCCCCCUCCACCCCUCCCUCCUGCGCCGGCACUCAUGUACCCACCUCAGGUCAUGGAUGAUGAUUAUUACAAGGGUUUUCACGACGGUGUGGUGCGUCCGUCGGGCCCGAUUUGGGGCAACGCGGUCAGCUGGAUCGUCCCCGUCGUGGUGAACGUUGCCUUCUUCGUCGGGCCCAUUUGGUACUUCCGCCGCAAGUACAUGCAGGCCAUGGGCAGCGCCGCCGCCUCUGCUGCCGCUUCCGGCGGCAAGAAAGGCGCCGGCUCCUCUGGGCCGUUGGGAGGGCUGAUGGACAUGAUGAAUCCGAUGAAGGCGAAGAACUUCCGCACGGAGGUGAAGGGCACCACCUUCAAGGAUGUCAUAGGCAUCCCGGAGGCAAAGGAGGAUCUGAAGCAGUACGUGGACUUCCUGAAGGAACCGGCGAAGUUCACGCGCCUCGGUGCCCGCCUGCCAAAAGGUUGUCUGCUGACCGGGCAGCCGGGUACGGGUAAGACGCUGCUGGCGCGCGCCGUUGCUGGGGAGGCCAGCACGCCCUUCUUUAGCUGCUCCGGUGCGGACUUCAUCGAGAUUUUCGGCGGCAGCGGUCCGAAACGGGUGCGUGAGUUGUUCGAAGAAGCGAAGAAGGCCGCGCCGUGUGUGGUCUUCAUCGACGAAAUCGACGCCAUCGGUUCACGUAACCAGGGCGGCCGCUCCAUGGGCGGCGGCGGCAGCAGCGAGGAGAACCGCACCAUCAACCAACUCCUCGCCGAGCUAGACGGCUUGUCAAGCAAGGAGGCCAUUGUCGUGAUCGCCGCCACGAACUACCCGGAGGCGAUCGACAAGGCCUUGCUGCGCGAGGGGCGCUUUGACCGCAAGGUGAACAUCCCAAUGCCGGACCAGAAGGCCCGCUGCGAGCUCUUUGAGUUCUACCUCAGUCGCGUCAUUACCGGCGACCCGAACUGCAAGCCGAAGGUGCAGGUGUUUAGGACUCGAAAGGAGGGGGAGAGCGGCGGCUCGGCGGCCAACAACAGUAGCGGAGGCGACGCGGCAAACACCGAAGUGAAGGAGCUCGUGGUCGAGGACGCGAAGCCCGAGACGAUCAAGUUGAUUCCUGGCGUGAGCAACGAAGCGUACGCGAAGAUGCUGGCCGAUCGCACGCCUGGCGUGUCCCCCGCGCAAAUCUCCACCAUUGUCAACGAGGCUGCGCUGAACGCGGCGAUGGACGGAAAGGAGGUGGUCCCGCUCGAUGUGCUGCAAAACAGCAUCGACGACGUGCUGAUUGGUAAGAAGCACCGCCAGCGCAUGAGCGACGUCGCCCUGCACCGCACCGCCUACCACGAAGUCGGUCACUGCAUCAUGGCGUGGACGAGCCCACUGCAGAAGGAUGUCAUUAAGCUCUCCAUCAUCCCUCGCGGUCGGGCUGGCGGGUACACGCAGCAGGUCCAGGACGAGGCGAUGGAGCCGCACACGGACGAGUUCCUCUUCUCACAGCUGUGUGUGCUGAUGGGCGGCCGUGCCGCAGAGUGCAUCUUUGAGCGAGACAUCUCGAUUGGCGCGAUGGACGAUCUGCAGCGCGCGACGCGGCUGGCGAUGGAGAAGCUGCUGAAGUACGGCAUGUCCAAGACGAUUGGGCAGCUCGCCUUUAAGCCGAACGACAGGAACGACGGUCGGGCGUGGAUGACGUGGUCGGAGAAUCUGCACGCCAAGGUGGAGGCCGAGGCGCGGGAGCUGGUGGAGUCCGCCUACCGGCAUACGGAGAAGACGCUGCUCGCACACAAGGAAAAGCACAUCAAACUCGCGGAACUGCUGCUCAGCCAGAAAGAGCUGAACCAGACGGACAUUCUCGCGGUUCUUGGUGCGCGGCCUGUGCUGACGGCUGCGGACAGCAACAAGACCUAG